AUGACCCCUCGUCCACUCCGUCGACCUACCCAUUCGACCACAACAACCAGCACUUUGAUCCGAGGGUCAACUAUACCUCAUACGAGGUCUAUGGCACGUUUGGCAUCAACAAUAAAUACCAAUACAAGCAAGUUUCAGGUAUACGACGAAAAUUCUUCUCCUCCUUCUUCUGCACAAUCGAUAAUAGAAAUUAAAAAAGCUGGGAAAGGAUUAACGACUAAGAAUCUGAGAAGUAGAGGUCCGUUAAAAGAAAGUAAGAGUAUAAAUAAUUUCCAUUCCAUUUCGAUCUCAAAUAUGAAUAUACUCGAAGAGACGUACAAAAACGAUAAAUCAAUUGGAAAUGGAAAAGGAGAUGAUAACAGUGGAUUAGGCAAAAGAAAGGUUGUAGAAGAUGACGGAAGAUCUAAGAAAAUCAAAAUGGAUCAUCAACGCUCUUCAAACGAAUUAGGAAUAGGAGGAAGAGUCAAAAAGGAAAAGAUGAACCAGAUUAGAACAAUAGGACAUCAAUCGUCCUCCGAAUUAAUGAGAUCACUCAAACCUUCUGUACCAUCCACACCAAUACCGACAUCAACCAAUCUGACUCCAUCUCAUUCCAUAGCUGCUAUAGCUCCUACUCCAGCUAGAGAAUUGCUCAAGAAAGAUGAUAAUUCCACCAGUCCGUCAACCUCACCUCCUACUCGAUUCAUUGCCAGACCACCUACACCUCCUAGGAUGAAAGAAAAGCCUGUGGCCAUGACAUCAACCAACAUACCGCCGAUUACGCCAAAGAGAGCUAGAUCACCAAGUGAAGGUAUCAAUAAACCUUUAUCCAAAAUGCCUGCGUCGCUUCGUAAAACACCCGGUCCCCCUAGUAUUCCUUCAUCACUCUCAAUAAGGCCCGUGCAGUCAACUCCCUCACAUACCGUUUCGGCUGAAGACCCAAAAUUGACUGCCUUACCGAAUGACACAUCGAGUCUCGCUCCUUCACCUAGGAAAGUCUUCUCUGUGCCUCGCACAGUCCAUAAUGGCUCUACUACACCAUCAGGGCCGCCUCCUACAGCGUCUCGAAUGCCGUCUUCCCUGGCUACUCCAAAUAUGAGAGUGGUGCCUCCGUCUCCACUGACAAGCAGGAUGGCUGCGGCCUCUCAGACUAAAAGGCGUAGUCAACCUACUUUAGAUUCGUUCUUGUUGAAAAAAGAGUCUCAGAGAGAUGUGGAGGAUCCUCAGUCACAACGAUCUGCUCCAUUAGGACAACAGGUGGACAUAGGAGCAGCAGAAAGGCUAUCAUCGGAUUCCCAAACCGCUUCACAAAACGUGAUCCCAAGAAACCCGUCUGCAGAUCUGGUAGAGGCUGGUAGCGGUAUAUCUUCUACUCCUAGUAACCAGAUGGCAGAUCUGCAACUCGAGGAAACAGAACCAGGACUACCUGCUUCAAUGAUCGCCGAGACGACCCCCUAUGACAAUCCAUCCUCAUCUUUGCCUUCUUCCAAAAUCUCUUCAUCCCGUGUCACAGGAACGAUGGGACCACCCAGUCGAAUACCUGUAUCUCGACAACCUUCAACCUCUUCCUUGGUAACAUCAGCUAAGCCAUCAACGUUGUCAUCCACCAAAAAGCCAGCUACAGGUCUGGGCUCGUUACCUUCAAGGAGACCAUCGACUCGUCCUUCACUCGUUCCAGCUCAUUCCACCUCGUCAUCUACUACAUCUACGACUUCACCAGUCAAGCGAAAACCUUCCUAUCCUUCUUCGCUGGGUUCCGGUCCACUAGCUCGUCCAACGCCCAGGAUGGUUUCGAAUCCAAUUGUUACUCCUAGAGCCUCUACCAAUCCUGCACCUACGAUCUCCGAUAACGAAAUACCGGGUAUGUCGACACAACGAUCUGUAUCUGCGCCUGUCGCUAGAUCAAGGUUAAGUUUAAGCUCAAGAGAAGGUCUCACUGGCGAAACAUCGAAAUCACUCGCAGGAUUGAGUGAUGCUUUGAACAAGUUGAAAAUGAAAAAGUUGGAACAGCAGAAUAACACUCCAUCAGCCACUGAUUCUAAAGAAUUGAUAACACCUUCCAUCAUCUUAACGGAACCUUUGAUUAAACCAUUAAAUGAAAGACCAAAUAAUCUGACUUGCUCAACUUCGGCUACAGCUUCCUCUUCGUCCGGGUCUAGAAUCGGUACAUCAGGACACAGACCAAGAUCAUCCAUACAUCCUGGAGAUUUAUCGACUUCAUCUGAUGAAGGUAAUCAUGUAGCCGAUCAAUCAAUAGCUGCUUUACUCUGUUCAACGAAUGGCGAUAAGUGUCUAAAGGGUGUAAGAGCUUUUGUGGAUGUUAGAACUAGUGAUGGUGAAGAUUCAAGUAGAGUGUUCAUCGAUAUAUUGAAAGGUCUCGGCGCAAAAGUGUUUGUGAGACCGACGGAUUCAUGUACCCAUAUUAUCUAUAAGUCCGGUAAACCAUCUACAUUAUCUUGGUGGAGAAAACAAGACGAUCCCAAACCCUUUAUGGUAGGUAUAAAAUGGGUCAUGGAAUGUAAGAAAUCCGGUAAAAGAUUGGAAGAAGCACCUUUCAUUGUUGACACGAAUGAAGAAGAUAUAUUCCAGAAACGGAGAAAAUCAAUGGAACCCAAAAGUCUUGCUGCUUCCCAGGGAUUAGGUCUAGGUCAGCCAAGUACAGCGAGACAAGCUUUGCUGGAUGUAGCUCAAGCAAGAAGGAAAUCAUUGAUGUAUGCUCCUAAAGUUUCAUCGCCAUUGAAAAAGGCUUAUAUGGGACUGGCGGAAGAAUGA